AUGAGUUCCGUUUUAUUAUCUUUACGAGGGAAACAGAGUGAGAGCGAGGUUUGUUCAAGUAUGGAAUCGAGCGAUUGCAGUGUACAAGCGGAACAUUCCCUUGGGUAUGGUAAGGAGACAGUGAAUGAUGGCACUGCUAUCAACUACGAGGUGUGUUUCAACGGCCCGGAUGAUGAGGCAGACCCAGAAGAUAUUGCGCGGCGCCUGUCAAUGUACAGGAAAUACUACAUAGCCGUGCUGAUUACCGUGACGUCGAUGGUGAUUACGAUGAUAUCUUCGUGUUGGACGUUUGUAUCCCCGCACAUCAUUGAGAAGUUCCACGUAUCCCGCGAGGUGAGCGUCCUCGGAAUCAUGCUCUACGUGUUUGGGCUUGCCUUUGGUCCGCUGUUCCUGUCGCCCAUCAGUGAGCUGUACGGCCGGCGGGCAACGUUCAUCUUUUCCCUGACACUGAGCAUAGUGUGGCAAUGUCUGACGACUUGGUCGCGGACCCUCACUGGUGUGAUGUUUGGUAGGUUUCUCAGUGGGUUCUUCGGAUCCAGCUUCCUCAGCGUUGCUGGAGGCGCCAUCAGCGAUAUAUUCCUCAAGUCGCAGAUCACGGUGCCCAUGUCCCUCUACACCACUGCCGCGAUGAUGGGACCGUCCUUGGGGCCCAUCAUAUCGGGGGCACUGUACACGGUGGACUUCAGGUGGACGUUCGUCACGUUUAUUAUUGCGUCCGGUGUAUGUCUCGUUGCCAUUGUGGUGACCAUCCCGGAGACGUACAGACCGCUACUACUGAUCAAUAAGGCAAGGAGAUUUCGCAAGGAAACUGGGGACGACAGGUAUUUCGCCCCCCUCGAGGUGACAAGGAGGGAGACAAGUUUCCUCUCUGCGGCGCUACUCUCUUCAAGAAGACCCUUCAUGUUGCUCUUCAGAGAUCCGAUGAUGGCCGUGCUAUGUUUCUACACUGGACUCGAGCUGGCGAUUAUCUACCUAUAUUUCGUCGCAUUCCCGUACAUCUACCAAACGUUGUAUAGGUUCACCGUGAUGCAGUCCGCGUGUAUGUACAUUGGACUCAUGGUCGGCAUGAUACUUGCGACACCGACAUCAGUGCUGAUCCAGCGGCGAUACGAGGCAAAAGUUGCUCAAAACGGCGGGGUCUCCGUCCCUGAGAUGCGGUUCGACCCACUGUUCUACGGGGCGAUCCUCUCCCCCGUGGGACUGAUGAUCUUCGCAUGGACACUGUACUCGCACGUCCACUGGAUCGGGUCCAUGAUUGGGAGCGCCCUCUUCGGUGCAGGCGUCCUGUACGUGUUCAUCGGAAUUUUCAACUACACGGUCGACGCGUACAGGAGGUACGCAGCAUCUGGGAUGGCGUGCAACUCAUUCGUCCGGUGUGUCAUGGCGGGCGUGUUCCCGCUGUUCGGCCUGCAGAUGUACGAGGGAAUGGGCAUCAACUGGGCCUCGUUUCUCAUCGCCAUGUGCACUUUGGCCAUGGUCCCCGUGCCCUUCCUGUUCAAGCGCUACGGCGCGUACCUCAGGUCCAGGUCACCGUACGCGUGGGACGAGUGA